GCUUCCAGUUUGGCGCGUGUACCACAUGCGCCUAUGGAGGUUAGCACACUGUGUUCCCGAGGCCUAAAAACACGCAUCAGUGUAUUACUUUUUCCUCCCCGCCGGAAAGGAAUAGAAAGGGUAUUGGAAUUGAAGCAAUUAACUUAUAAUUUUCACUGUAGUGUUGUGGAAAGUUCAACCUAGUACAUAAAUCUCUUGUCAAAACUGAUACGAAGUGUUAGGUACAUGGCAAUUGAAAAGUAGCCGUACUUCAAUUCUGACCUUUACUUUUAGUAAGUUGAACCUGUUAUCUCCACAAUGGAAUGGAUGAGGUGCGCCAAUGAUCAUCCUGUGUGACUGACUAGUCAUGGACUGGUGCGCAAAUAAGUGUUACAUCAGGUCCUAUAUAUAUUCUGACACAAGUAACAGACUGAUAUCCGAAAGUAGGCUCCAGAAGUAGCUUUUCGCCUUUUCUUGUUCCCAUGAUGAGCAGAAGUACCAAAAUUCUGUUUCUUCUCAUCUUACUUGUACUCUAUUUCACACUCAUUAAAGCAUCAGAAACAUUCUCAGUGUCUGAAGAAGAUGACAGUAAAAUACUAAGUUUACCAGGUCAACCAUCAAACCCACCCAUCUCACAGUUCUCAGGUUACAUCACUGUUAACCAAAAUAAUGGCAGGGCCCUUUUUUACUGGUUCUUUGAAGCUCUUUCACAGCCCUCUGAGAAACCUCUCGUACUCUGGCUCAAUGGAGGACCUGGUUGCUCAUCAGUAGGAUAUGGUGCUCUUAUUGAAUUAGGUCCGCUUAAAGUUGAUGAAAAUGGUGAUGGCUUGCUGUUCAACAACUUAUCGUGGAAUACAGAAGCGAAUUUGCUAUUUGUGGAGUCUCCUGUCGGAGUUGGGUUCUCGUAUACCAACACAUCCACUGACCUUACCAAAUUGGAUGAUGAAUUUGUAGCUGAGGAUGCAUACAAUUUCUUGGUAAAUUGGCUUGAAAGAUAUCCACAAUUCAAAAACCGAGAUUUCUUCUUAGCAGGAGAAAGUUAUGCAGGUCACUAUGUUCCUCAACUGGCAGAGCGUAUCUUCGAUAGGAACAAGGAUCAGACUAAGAACCUGAAAAUUAAUCUCAAAGGUUUCCUAGUAGGGAACCCUUUAACUGAUGAUUUCUAUGACUCAAAGGGUCUGUUAGAAUAUGCCUGGAGUCACUCUGUAAUCUCUGACGACCAGUUUAAUAAGACUAAAGAAGUGUGUGAUUUCAAGGCCUUAUUUUGGCCAACUGAAUGUGUGACUGCCAUGAAUGUGGUUUAUGGAAAAUACAAAGAGAUUGACUUCUACAACAUAUAUGCUCCAAUUUGCCUUUCGAACAGCACAUCUUCAUCACAAGCUUAUUUUGGUAAUAAGGUGGAAAACUAUGGAUUUAAGAGGCCAAGAAUAUAUUCAGGGGGCUAUGACCCUUGCUUUUCAAAUCACGCAGAAGCGUACUUCAACAGGGAAGACGUACAAGCAUCGCUUCAUGCAAAUGCUAACAGAGGAAAUUCAAAUACUAGUGUUAAAUGGAGUGUUUGCAAUGAUAACAUUCUGAACAUAUACAACAUGACAGUUACAUCUGUCUUACCUGUCUACAAGAAGCUGAUACAAGCUGGUCUGAAGAUCUGGAUUUACAGUGGAGACGCGGAUGGUAGAGUUCCAGUGAUUGGAACAAGGUACUGGGUUGAAGCACUUGGGUUGCCAAUCAAGACAGACUGGCGUUCCUGGUACCAUCAACAUCAGGUAGGGGGAAGAUUAGUGGAAUAUGAAGGCUUAACGAUGGUUACUGUUCGAGGAGCAGGUCAUUUAGUACCUCUGAAUAAGCCUAGUGAAGCACUUGCUCUUUUCCAUUCUUUUUUGACUGGCCAAGAUCUUCCACCUAAAAGAUGAACACCUAGCUAUUAUUACUUAUUACUUAUUAGGGUGUGUUUGUUUAACGUACUGUUUUGACAAAUACCAAAUAAAAUGUGUAAAAUACAACAUACAGCUAGUAAUAAUUAAGUAUCUCUUUGUACAUUAUUAUGACAAUUAAUAUAUAUUCUGAAUCUAUA